UGUUUAAGUAAGAUCUUCCGUGCAGGUUUUUUGAGUGGUCUGAUGUGGGGAUCAGCCACAUAUGCCUGGCUUAUGGCAAAUUACUACCUUAGUGCAGUGAUCACAUUCCCUAUAAUUAAUGCUGGUUAUGGCUUAGUAGCUGCUCUGUGGGGAAGUGUGGUAUUUAAAGAGGUCAAAGGAAAUUGGGAACUUGCUGCUCUUUGCUUUGGCUACUUGUGUUGUUCUGGCUGGCUCCCUGUUAACCCCCUAUUCAAAGAUUUGAGUCUUUAUGUUAUGUUACCACAAGAUGGCAAUGGUGGAUCAGGUUUUAAGCCAAACUUGCAUAAGGCCUCUGCAGUUGCUUUGUAGCCCUUGAUGUGAUUUCCACGUUUCUGCUCUAGCAUUUUAAUUGCUAUCAGAAUUAAUUCUAGGUGUUGUGUAAGUUCACACAUAUUUGAAUUAAAUGGUUUCCCCUUUCUG